AGGACACACACUCUCAGAAAAAUGGCUGUAAUUCUUACCUCCUUCUCACCACCGACUCAACACGUUACGACUCCACCUCUGCUGCCGUUUUCCUCCGCCUGUGUUCUCAGCACUCGCAGAACCCAACAACCGACUAAAGCUUUUGCAGUUCCAAGGAGGAAUGCAGUGGCAUUGAUCUUAUCAAGUUAUGCCUUCUCAGAAGUUUGUUUGCAUAACAUUGCAUUUGCUCAACCUUCUGUUGGAUUCCGGGAAUACAUCGAUACAUUCGAUGGUUAUUCGUUUAGGUACCCUCAGAACUGGAUUCAGGUCCGAGGUGCUGGAGCAGAUAUAUUUUUCAGGGACCCUUUUGUUCUGGAUGAAAAUCUCUCUGUGGAGUUUUCCUCUCCUUCGUCCUCGAGGUACAAGAGCAUUCAAGACUUGGGUCCACCACAAGAAGCCGGAGAGAAGGUACUUAAGCAGUAUUUGACAGAGUUUAUGUCUACAAGGCUUGGUGUGAGGCGUGAAUCUAAUAUUCUUUCUACUUCCUCAAGAGUUGCGGAUGAUGGGAAGCUCUAUUAUCAAGUUGAGGUCAAUAUAAAGUCGUUUGCUAACACUAAUGAACUGGCUGUGAUGCCCCAAGACCGAGUAACUCGUUUGGAAUGGGAUCGGCGAUACCUUUCAGUUCUUGGAGUUGAAAACAGCCGAUUAUAUGAGUUGAGAUUGCAAACACCAGAAAGUGUAUUUGUAGAAGAAGAAAAUGAUCUUCGCCAAGUCAUGGAUUCCUUCAGAGUAAACAAGGUGGGUGCAUGAUCAGUUUAAAAGAGUCUUUUGAUCAGAGUUUUUUUCAGUAUAUUGUAACUGAAGGUUCCAAUUUCACUCUGUUUUCUUGUAACUUGUAAACAAGUUUUCCUUUUUCAUUGCAGCAUUCUUAUGAAAAUCACUCUUUUCCUGAAUGUUAGAUGAUUAAGGAAUUAUUCUUGCUAUAGAAGAGAUUAAGAAUCAUUUUGUUAAUCAAUUAUUCUUGUAGAU